UUCGCGCGGUCGUUUGCCGCCCAGCCUCGGGCAUUCUGCUUAACGCCGUCCUGCUCGAAGCCUCCGAGCCUGAGGGAACUCAGGGAUAUAGACUACACGCGAGCGGAGAAGGGACCCCGGAACGAUUCCUUCCCGGAACCAUUGAGACGAGGCUUCCAGGAGCGUGUGGAGGGGACGUUCUCCCCUCACACCCCCGGUGGGCCUGACUGGACUGGCAGGGAUGGCGGCGGCGGCGGUGGCGGUAGACGCUCGGCCGGGCGCCGCCAUCCCGGUGGAGCUGCGGCGCGAGAGGCGCAUGGUGUGUGUGGAGUACCCGGGCGUGGUGCGCGACGUGUCCAAGAUGCUGCGGACCCUGGGCGGCGAGGAAGGCGUCUCCCGGAUCUACGCAGAUGCCACCAAGAGGCUGGAGCUUUACUUCCGGCCCAAGGACCCCUACUGCCACCCCGUGUGUGCCAACCGCUUCAGUACCAAUAGCCUGCUGCUCCGGAUCAAGCGGAAGACCAGGCGACAGAGUGGGGCGCUGGGGCCUGAGGCUCGCCCUCAGGUCACGUACGACAUAGAGAGCCUUGGAGUCGUCUCCACCGUCUUCAAAUUUCAAGGGAUGUCCGAUUUCCAGUACCUGGCGGUGCACACAGAGGCGGACGGCAGGCAGGUGUCCAUGUACGACAAGGUGCUCAUGCUCAAGCCCCAGAAGGAGAGCUUCUUCCACCAGGACCUGCCACUCUACAUCCCCCCGCCCAUCUUCUCCAGGCUGGACACGCCGGUAGACUACUACUACCGCCCAGAGACACAGCACCGGGAAGGCUACAACAACCCUGCCGUCUCGGGCGAGAACCUGAUCGGCCUGAGCAGGGCCCGGCGCCCCCACAACGCCAUCUUUGUCAACUUUGAGGGGGACGAGGUGCCCGAGCGGCCGAUGGAGGCCGCAGUCCAGACAUGGAAGAAGGUCUGCACCAACCCCGUGGACCACAAAGUGGAGGAGGAGCUGAGGAAGCUGUUUGACAUCCGUCCUAUCUGGUCACGCAACGCCCUCAAGGCCAACAUCAGUGUCCACCCCGACAAGCUCAAGAUCUUGCUGCCCUUCGUGGCCUAUUACAUGAUAACAGGCCCCUGGAGAAGCCUGUGGAUUCGAUUUGGAUAUGACCCCCGAAAACGCCCAGAGGCCAAGAUUUAUCAAGUGCUUGACUUCCGAAUCCGAUGUGGAAUGAAAUACGUUACUUGCGGCUCCUGCCGUGCAGGCCAGGCAUCCGGUCAGUGUCCGUCCCCCGCCUGCGGUUACGCCCCCAGCGACAUGCCCGUCAAGGCCAAGCGCAGCACCUACAACUACAGCCUCCCCAUCACCGUCAAAAAGACCAACCCCUGCCGUGGUCCCCUCGCAGCCAGCCAGCUCGUCACCAUGCAUGACCUGAAGCAAGGCCUGGGCCCCUCAGGGUCGGCCACUGCACAGAAGUCGAGUCCCAACAAGUACAAGCUCAAGGACUCGGUCUACAUCUUCCAAGAGGGGGCCUUGCCGCCGUACCGACAGAUGUUCUACCAGUUCUGUGACCUGAACGUGGAGGAGCUGCAGAGAGUCAUUCACCGCAAUGACGGGGCGGAGAGCUCAUGCACUGAGCGGGACGGCUGGUGCCUCCCCAAGACCACAGACGAGCUGAGGGACACCAUGUCCCUCAUGAUCCGGCAGACCAUCCGCUCCAAGAGGCCUGCUCUCUUCUCCAGCCCGACCAAAGCGGACAGUGGGAAAGAGCAGCUGACCGGUGAGUCCGGGGAAGACGACGAGGAGGAGGAAGACGAGGAGGAGGAGGAGUUCAAGCCGUCUGACGGGAGCGAGAACGAGAUGGAGACGGAGAUCCUGGACUACGUGUAACGCAGCCCUGGGCCCUCGGCCGGGCCCCCCGCCCAGGCCCGAAGAGGGGGCCGGGACGCGCCAGGCACCCCAGCGCUGCCUGCAGCAGCCAGCACGGCCCUAGGCAGCCUGUCUGAGGAGAGCAGCUGGGUGCGCUGCCCCUGGUCCUGCCCAGGCUGCCCCCUGGCCCCGGGUGCCUGUGCCUGGCCUCACCAGCCCAGCACCCUGCCCUGCCUGUGGCUGAGACGAGCGGGAGCUGGCGGUGGGGAUGGUUCGGCCCGGGAGGGGCUGGCCCGGCUGGGGUCAGACUGGAGGUGAGGGCGGGGCAAGGACCCUGGUCCAGGUCACGGUGGCGAAGACUGUCCUUAGGGUUAGACCCCAUCUGUUGGGGUGACCUGGCAAAGGGCAGGCCAAGCUGGAACUGUCCUCAUUAAAGACA